UAGUCUGUCCACUUCAGCGUUACAUCGUCAGUGAGCUAUCUCUUUAGCAAGUCACAAAAAUGGCGAAUGUGGUGCUGGAGUUUAAGGCUUCUGCUGGUGACUCCGAGCCACAAAGCCGUCCAGUCCUGAUUAUCGGGCAGCAGGCCAAUCUGCAGCAAGUCAGCUGGAGCCAAAUUAAAGGAAAACUGCAGCCAGUCGUUAGCAAAGAGAUCUGGCAGGCGGCUCUCGGUGCUUUGAACCCAAACCCCACGGACAGCUGCCCCCUGUACCUCAACCAUGCUGUGGUGGCUGCUCUUCCUUCACGGGUCAGCAGGCACAACAGCCCGUCCUCCGCCCACUUUUUGUCUCGUCUGGUCCGUUCCUGCCUGCCAGGAGGGAACAACCGUUGCAUUGUGAUGGUGUGUGAGCGUUCAUAUGUGUUCGCGUCCGCAUGUGCCAUCGCUAGAGCCUUCCCCAUCUUUUCUCGCCGCUCCGCAUCCUCACGCAGGAAUGAGAAGAAACACGUCACUGUGGAGUUUCUGAUUGUCGGACAAGACACCAGUCCUCUGGAUGUCGCAGAACUUGAGUGUCUCUCCAACGCUGCUGAUGGAGUGCGGCUGGCAGCUCGCAUUGUGGACACGCCAUGCAAUGAGAUGAAUACAGAUCACUUCUUAGAUGAGAUUAAGGCUGUUGGAACUGAACUUGGAAUUACUCCAGUGAUCAUUCGUGGAGAGGAACUGAAACAAAGAGGGUUUGGAGGUAUCUAUGGAGUUGGAAAAGCAGCGGAGCAUCCUCCUGCAUUAGCAGUGUUGAGCCACACACCAGAUGGUGCGACUCAGACCAUUGCAUGGGUUGGCAAGGGCAUCGUGUAUGACACCGGUGGACUCAGCAUCAAGGGAAAGACCACAAUGCCAGGGAUGAAGAGAGACUGUGGUGGAGCUGCUGCUAUUUUGGGGGCUUUCAAAGCUACCAUUAAACAGGGCUUUAAGGAUAACCUCCACGCAGUGUUUUGCCUGGCAGAGAAUGCAGUGGGGCCCAUAGCCACACGACCUGAUGAUAUCCACACUCUCUACUCUGGAAAGACAGUGGAGAUCAACAACACUGAUGCAGAGGGCAGGCUGGUGCUGGCCGAUGGGGUGGUGUACGCCAGCAAAGACCUGUCGGCUGACAUUAUUCUGGAUAUGGCCACCCUGACAGGGGCACAGGGGAUCUCCACUGGGAAGCACCAUGCCGCUGUAAUGACUAACAGCGAGCAGUGGGAGGUUGCCUGUGUGCGUGCAGGCCGCAGCAGCGGAGAUCUCGCUCACCCUCUGGUUUACUGCCCUGAGCUGCACUUCAGCGAGUUCACCUCUGCCAUGGCUGACAUGAAGAACUCUGUGGCAGAUCGGGAGAACGCCCAGAGCUCCUGCGCUGGCCUCUUCAUUGGUUCCCACUUGGGCUUUGAUUGGCCAGGUGUUUGGGUCCAUGUUGAUAUCGCCUCGCCUGUUCAUGCUGGGGAGCGUGCCACAGGAUUUGGCGUCGCUCUGCUUAUGGCCCUGUUUGGUCAGGCAUCAGAUGACUCUAUGCUGAACCAAGUGUCUCCUCUGGGUGCAGCCACCAACACGUCUGAAGACCAGAUGGAGCGCGACUGCAAAAGACGAAGACUGGUGUAGAACAUUCAGAACAGUUUACUCCCUGACUCUGACUACACACAACCCAAACUGUUGAAGCAAGUGCUCAUCCAGUUAGAGAUAAAACAUUUUAAACUGUGAUUCAACUUUCUGUGUUUUAUUAAAUUUGACUUUGCCGAAUAAAACAGAUAAUGAUCCGUAAAUCAGAUGUGUUAUACAUGACAAUGACGAAACACAGGCCCUCACUGGUCCUCCUGCACUGAUCGCCUCCAUAGCGUCUCCAUUUUCCAGUUGCUCUUGAUGAAGACAUGUUGAUUAUUAUAAAAUUUGAAAAAUCCAGGUGGUUUAUGUUCAUGACAGAUUCAUUCAGGUUUUAAUAACUGGCCACUCUUUAUAUUUUUUCUGCAAUGAUUCUUUGUAUAAUUCAUAUUUUACAGUUAAGUGUUUUACCUCCUGAAACUUAAACCUUGUUUUCAAAUAUCCACCUCAUCAGCAGGUAUUGUUGUAUGUUGAUACUUUAUGCAAAUCAAGGAUUAUGCCAUACAUAUUGUCUUAGACAUUGUGGAAAAAUACAGUAUCAGUAAAGUUAGAUAUUUCUUUUCUUUUUUUUUUGGUAACCACUGCACUUUGUAUUCAUCCUGUGAAUAGCUUGACUGUGUGAUCUCUGGACCAAACGGAGGACCGAGUGCUUACUACAGUUUUUAACAGUUUCACAGUGGUGUCAUUACCACACAUGCUUUGUCAGCACAAAAUGCACAUACAAGAUGUUAACUGUAAAUUCAAAUAUUUGACAGACUCCAGCGCCAGUGUGAUGUUUUUCCACCUUUGUGACAAUCAUGUUGUCCUUCAAUAAAGGCAGUGCCAUCUGA